AGCUGUACUGACGGAACUCAAACCACACAUGGAAGAACUCCAAUCGUGGUGGGAGGUGCCGAGCAUUGCUCACUUUUGUUCACUUUUCCGUGAGGCAUUCAGUCUGCUGGAUUUUGACAUUGAGCAUUUGGAAGAUGCCUUUCUCAACUCUGAUGGUGAGAAUCAACUUGUGUUGGAGCUUAUGUGUCGACUCCUGGCCGGCUGCUAUGGAAGGCAGGAAAUCAGCCCUGAACAGUCAGAACAAUACCUGAAGGACAUAAUCAAUGCCAGGUAUGAGGAGGUGGGAAGAGAGAACCCCCUAAAAGGAGAGGUGAAAUAUUCUGAGCUCCCUCUCAGGACCAAGGUGGAGGUCCUCUAUGCCUUGACAGAGUAUAGGCUUGAUGCUGAGGAUGUCCUGGAGGAGCUGAAGGGCUUGGAGUCUGAUGGUAUGCGUUUGGAACCAUUUGGUGAGGAUUCCAAUGGCGCUGUCUAUUGGUACUUCUAUGGAACAAGACUGUAUCGUGAAGAUCCACUACCACGUCCUCCUUCAAAACCUAAAACGAAGAAACCAACUACCAGAAAUCGUGGUAGGCGAGGAAGGAAAAGGCGGAGUGUUGCCAAAGUAAGGAAGAAGAGACGUGGACGACCUGCCGUGAAGGCCAAAGCCCAGACAUCACCACCAGAACCUGAACUUGAGAAUGGAAAGAAUAGAGGUCAACCUCUACAGCAAUCUGGUACACCCGUAAAAGAUCAAAGUGACGAUUCUGAAGACACUGAUGUGUCUGAGAAUGUUGCCAAGAAAGAUCUUCAGCCUAGUAAAGAGGAUGCCAAGACUAACCCUACAACAGAAGAAGGAGAAAAAGCUGAAGGUGAAGAGUCUGAUAUGCCUGUCCCUGAGCCAGAGAAUGGACCGAGGCGGAGCAGCCGAAUCAAGACAGUAGCCAUCAAGAAAAUGUUAGAGGAGGAAGAGGAAUCAUCGAGUGAGGAAUCUAGCGAAGAGGAGUCUGAGAGUUCUUCAGAAGAGGAAGAGGAAGAAUAUGAUAUCCCCCUGCCAGUGACACCAGGAGAUGAAAACAAACAACGUUGGUUCGUACAAUGUACAACGAUAGAAGACUGGGAGGAACUAGCGCAGAAAUUUGUCGGAAGCAAGAUCAAAUGUGAGCGAGAGUUAUAUUUGAGUAUAACUGAGGACUUCAUGCCAGAGUUGAUCAAGUUGUUUGAAGAUAAGGAGAAGGAAUAUCAGAAGAAAUUGCUGGAGUUUUUGCCGCGGCGGACAUCAAAUCGUUUGGAGAAGAAACAGGCGAAGAUGGCAGCUGAUGAGAAGCUGCUGCAGACUUAUGAGGAUGAGGACCAGAAGUUCAAGAGGGAGAAUGAUAAGGAGAUGGAAGAGCGUCGCCGUUUGAUGUGGGAGACACAGAGGGAGGAGCGUGAGAAAUUCCAGGCAAUGGAAAGACAAAAGUUGAAGGAAGAGCGUGCCCGACGAGUUCAGCUGCGCGAGGAACGUGCCCAGCUUAUCGCAGAAGGAAAGGAGAUACCACCAGAGCUGAUGUCAACACCAGUUUCAGGGUUUGUCAGGAAGAGGCGUGGUAGCGAUGAGAGCGUCAGGUCGAGAGAUUUAGACGAAGAUGUUUUCAUGGAGCUUUUUAAAGUGCUUGAUAUUGUGAAGAAGCAUGAUGAUGCCUGGCUGUUUGCUGAACCAGUGAAAGAGGAAUUCGCCCCAGGAUAUUUUGACGUGAUUGAUGAGCCAAUGGAUUUCACGAUGAUCGAGAGGAAGUUGAAUGAGCGAGAUUAUGGAAGCCAGGAGGAAUUCAUGAACGACUUCAGACUCAUGUUUAAAAAUUGUGCCAAAUAUAAUGGAUCUGACUCUGUGUGUUACGACAUGGCCAAGAGAAUUGAGCGGUGCAUGCGAAACGCUAUGAAGAAAUUCCUUCCAAAAGAGGAGCCGGAGGUGCCAAAGGAGGACAAAGACGACAAAGAGUUCAAAACACGGGCAAAGACAGCUGCGAAAAAGUUCCGUCCAAAACGAGUAGCAAGUACGAAGGCGCUCGAAAAGAUGCAAGAGUUCACGUCGGUUGAGGAGAUACAGGGGGUCACUUCAAGCGCAUUCUUUAGGAAAUAUGUUUCACGGGAAGAUUCUAAUUUACGUGAUUUGAAAAGACUGAACACGAUUGAUGGCAAAGACGAGGAGGAAAUGAUCGCUGAACCAAUGGCAGUCGCGCCUAAAAACAUUGCAUGCUACAAUCGCCAACGAACCAAAAUUGAGAACAAUGUCAAAAAGAGUGAGCCUCUGACAGCACGCAUACUGGCUCAAUAUACUGCGCAGAAUGGUGGGAGCAGUAUGUUGAAUGAAGUGAAACCGCCGUUGUCUAUGCCAAACGGUGUGACUCAGCCCCUGACAGCAGCCCAGAUUGCCCUCCAGUCCCAGCAGGACACAGCUGCCACAUCUGCAGCGUCGAGUGCUACCCAAUCUGCGUCAAAAAAUCUUAUGUCGCGGCAAUACACUGUGCAAACGCCGUAUGGUUCAGUAAUGAGGUUCAGUAAGACAAAAGCGGCGCCCUGUUCUCGGAGUAGGACUUCCACCAAGACUUCUGUUAGUUCUGUGAGCGCAGCGCGUAUCGCUGUCCAACAAGCACAACAAACGCAGCAAGUUCAUAGUAUUCGAAUGACUGGUCCUCAGUUGAGUGCAUUCUUGGCACAGAAUCCUGGUCUUCAGAGUCGUAUUAUUGUUCAACAGACUGGAAGUGGAAUGGCAACCGUUGUGCAGCCGACGACAGGAGGAAUCAAACCAUCGAUUGUUGCGACGCCGGCUGCGGAGAGUGCGCCAGUUGCUGGCAGUAUUGUGGCGUCUGUUUCAAACGAAGAGAAUGCGGACACUUCCCAAAAUCAGUCUAGUGCACUGAAUGUUCAGCCUGUUGUCACCUCAGUUGAUAUGUCUCUCCAGCGAGUUAUUGCCAGUAUACAAUCUCAUGCUCUGUCUCAGAGUCGCCUUGCCACGUCCCCAGAGGAGGCUCACGCAAAUAUUCCUGCUGGGGGAAGCCGCGAAAUCCCUAUGAGUAACGUUAUUGAUGGGGCCAUUUCUGCAUCUUCAUCAAGGUCAUCUACUCCCCAGUUCUUACAAGAGGGACUUGUUCCCUCGGUGUCGGAGCUUCUAGAGGAGGGCCUUCUGUCUGCGCAGCCAAAUUCGACAAUCCGUGUUGGAUCUCCACCGAACCCUACACAAGCGACUAUACAUCAUCACCCUCCUGUCACAAACCAAUCAAACGUGGAUUUGACGGACUCAACAAGUCCGUACUUGCAUGGUUCCAUGUCGGCGGCAAAAAUAUUGACAAUUUCUCGAGCAAGUGGUGAGGGUCAGACAUCUGGAUCGACAUCGGGUGCUAGUAUUGUUACAUUACCUACGACUGGUCAGUUACAGACAAUUCCUACCGUCACCACAAACCAAAGCUCGGGUUUAGAUAAAGUCACAAGACUAAAUACCAGGCCGGCGACCAUCUCAUACUUGCCGACUAGUUCCAGUACGACAGCUGUCCCAGUGACAAUUGCCCCAAAAAGUACAUUUACCCCUGGCGACAGUGAUGCAUUUUUAGGGGAAUUUCUUAACUUUGCUCAGUCGCAACAAAGCAAACAGCGGUUUGGAACAUUGAAACGAACAGCCGUAACAAAUAUACACGCGCCCACAACGGCGAAGGUUAUUCGUCAAAGUGUUCCAGCUACUGUGACUGCUGUUAGCGCCGCGCCUCGUCUCCCUGUCGUUAGUGCCAUGUCAUCCACGGACAUACAGGCACAGUCUGUGAACUGUUUGAAUACUGUUGUGGCCGGCCUUGAUGAAGGUGAAGCAAACUCUGACAAUAUGGCGACCGUUUCUAGUGUUGAUGACCAAAAUAUAUCAAAUUAUUUGGCGGAUAUCGGUGAGAAUAGUGCUGAUAGUGACAGUAUUCGAGAUGAUAUUCUUGGCCAGGCACUGAGUUUGAGUGAAAUUGAACCAAUGUCUCCAUUGGAUGGAAAUGAAUUUGCUACAUUGGAUGGGACAGACCUUGGUGCAAACACGGCUCCACUUUUGGAUUCAAUAUCGACGAAUACAUUAGGUAUCGGACAACAGACUAGUUUUAAUUCUGUGAUCACAACUGUUGCACAACCGCAGACGGUGCUUGGUGGCGAUUUGCGUCUUAUUCAAGGAACAAAUGGACAGAUCUUCGCAUCGAAUAUCUCCUCUGGUCAUGUGAUCUCAACUCCUGGCAGUGCUGUUGCGACGUCGCUGCCACACAUUCUCACACAAGGGGGCAUUCAGCAACAAUAUGUGAUCAGUGGACAACCUGUCCAAGGAAUUCAGCAGAUUCAACAAGUCAUGAAUCCCGGUGCGGUGCAACAUGUUGUGAACUCUGGUGCUGUGCAGAUGACACAGGGCAUUCAUUUACCCCAAGGAACAUUACUUCAGUCCAUUGCCACAAUGAACGCACAACCUUCAAUGCAAAUUGUGGCGAACACUGGCCAAGUUCAGCAACCUGUUCAGCAACCUGUUCAGCAAGUUGCCAACAUCAACAAUGACAAUCCUUCCAUUCAAGCGUUAUUACAGAAUGCACAGAGUGUGUCCAGUGCCCCGGGUGUGAAUGUGCAGCAUGUCACGAUCAGUCCGGACAUGUACCAGCAUUUAUUCGGCCAGCAGUUACAGCAGCAAGUACAGAGACAGGAGUCCAGCAAAGACCAACCGGGCCAUGAGGGCAAGUACAUGGUCUACCAGUUGGUGAACCAGACCAAUAGCCAAGUCACUACAGAAGAUCCUGAGCCAGAGGCGGUCCAACCAGAAGAAGAGUCUAGUCAGCUCAAUGGAUUCGAUACAGCUGAGGUACUUGAGGCCCUAGGACUUGCUGAUGCUGCAAUUUGAAAUUCUCAAGAUUUCAGUUGCUGCUGGUGAGAUGACGGGGACCUGACUUGCUGAAGUUAGGUACCAGGCAGGAGAGGUGCUCGUGGUCUGAGAACGAUGCUUUCGGUUCUAGGUUGUGCAGUUGUUGCUAAGUGAAUGAUGUGAAAGACUCGUUGGCAUUGAAAUUUUUUUUAUCACUGCCAAAAGAAUCAGUUCCGUGUGGCCAACUUCUGGUCCCGAUUUUACUUAGUUCAAAACACUGUUAAUUCAUUGACUCCAUGUUUGCACUUUCUUGGUUAUGGCUGAGUGUAUGUAAUCCAGUGGACUUGUGAAAUGUUGUUCAGAGGUCCAAACUGGUCAUUUCCUGGAGGGAAAUUCCGUUUACAAACCAUCCCAGGCUUUCACAGAACAAAUGUGAGAGUAAAAUUAUCUGUAUUUCCUGAGCUGGUUCUUUGGAAUUAAGUUGUGGACCUGAUGUGAUGGGUUUUUUCUAUAAGAAUUACACCGUUCUUGGAAAGUGAUCACAUAUGAGUGUAAUUGUAUGUUUUUGGUUCAACUUCAAUAUAAUAAUUGGCAUUGGAUUAAUUGCAAAGUCUUGUAGUCAGUUUCAGAAUGGCCAAUUUCUUGUACAUGUAUGAGAUUAUUAUUUUGUAUUUAUACAGGUAUGUGAAUAUGGCCAUCCUUUCAUGAAUUAUUUCUGGUUCAUGAUCUUGGUCGCAAGACAUAAAUGAUUUAUAUUUGUCGGGGUUUCCGAUUUAUGCCGGAGACUCAACAGACUACCGGUACUAUACUGGUAAACUGGAUAUCCUGACGCAUUUACUAUAGUUCUUGUUUCAUUUCUGGAGAAGACCACAACAAUCAAUCUGAAGAUAAUUAUUGUUAUUAUUUUUUAAAUUCCUUAUUUCGUUUGAUUAUUCUAAGUCUAGACUUGCUCGACUAUGACAAUGAUGCCAUUUUUCGCGACUGCGAAACCAAAGGUUUAUGUUGCUGUUUUCAAGUUGUCAAUACUCCUCCAGUCUCGUUUUACCAGUAGUCAUCAUUGCAUCUAUUGGUUCAUUACUCUUGCCUUAGUUAAUUUCUGACCGUCUUUGGUAGACCCCCUGGUGGUGGGGGUAAGUUCAUGCAGUCGUCUCCAUAGCCUGGUCUUCAGUUCUGCUCCCUCUGGCCUUGUAUUUAGCUGGUGGGCCGAGAAGAAAGGCAAUCCUAUGGUAUGUGAGUAUGGAGUUUGGAUGGUAUUCCCACACUGGCUCAGUGCCGUGUCUAUCACCUCCAGUCUCUUGACCACAGUGUCCAGAACGGGCGAUUUGGUUAUCAAAAUGGCAUUUACUUUAUAAGAUGGUAUAGCUGGGUCUUUUGACCUAAAAACACACUGUUUGGUAUCUUGAUUCUGCAGCACUGAUGGGGUAAUGUAGAUGAAUACAUCACAUUGGCACUGGCAUGCAUCAAGAUGCUGGUAUUUCAUUUCGACAGGUCAUCAUGCCAUGUUUUAGGUUCAAUGGAAACAUCCCAUCUGGCAUCCUGAUAUGGUAAUUUUCAGCUGAAUACAUUCGCCUGGGGGUCAGGACUAGCAUUAAGGUAGUGGUGUUUCACUUGAACAAGCAAGCAUGCCAUUUUAGUCCAACAUUCUGAAUGUUUGUCUUGCACUUAUCAGGAUAAUAUAAAUGUCAUUUUUGUGCAAUCAAAGUAUUAUGUCUUGGUCUUGUUUGUACAAUGUGCAUGUACAUGUAAGUGAUAAAACUUAUUAUUUUUGUAAAAGAGUGAAAAAUCAUGUUUUAAAGCGAACUUCAUAUAUUGUUUAUACUGUGAACCUGAAAUUGUAUAUGCUGGAAAAAUUCCUAAAAAUGUAAAUUCUUGCUACCUUUUAUUUUUGGUGGACAAUGAUAAUUCUUCUGGUUUUUCCAGUAAAUUUUCGCAAAUCAAUAAUAAUCAUGAAAUCUGCAAAAAUCUGGUCAUGCGACUGUGAAAAUUGGAUGGUUUACGGUGAAGUGGAGUUCAUGCAAUCCUGGUAAAUUUGCUUCAGUAUUUCCAGUAUUUUCACUCGUAAAUGUUUCUGAAAAACAAAAGUCAAUACAUACAACGCGUCACUGGGCCCAGUUGCUCGAUAGGUGUUAGCAAGUCCUAACGGUACUUUUAUAUGUUAAGUUUACUUAACGAGAUAACUCUUAGUUUAGCUAAUCCUGGUGUUUGUCUCUUGUGCGAUUCCAGCAACUGGGCCCUGGAGAUCUGGCUUGUUUAAAAGCCAUUCAGACAUGGCUGCAGCUGUGAAAAUAUUCCAAACCCGACAUUUUCAUGGCCAUGUUUAUACCCCGUUAGCAAUGAGUUGCCCAAAGACCAUCUCAAAAUUAUAUGAUUCUGUGAAAGACUAGUCUUAGAUAUAUGUUAAUCUGAGGAAGGGCUUGGUGUUGUCAGCUAAGGUAUUGCUGACAAACCUUCCUCAGUCUUUUGAGGAAGACCGAUUGGGAGAAAGACUAAACACCAAAAAAACCCAACUCUGUUGUCCUACCACCUGGUUUGAAAUCAAAUUUCACUAUGUUACCCUGGUAAUUGUUUUCGGGUUUUCUGUAUAACUUAAUCUGGUUGCCAUGGUAACUUGUUUCAUGUUUGAUUUCCAUAGCAAUGAGCUAGUGUUGCUGAGAUCUGGUUUGGUUUGUUCAGAACCAUAUCAAAAUUACUUCAUGCUGAAACUCUCUCGUGGCCCUAAAGAUUUUGUUUUAAAACAUAGGAGGCAUAUUGGUGCCAUGGGUUUCAGUUCCUGAUAUCAAGGAAGUAAUUUUGAGAUGGUUAGCAACCAUCAUUAUUUUGGUAGUCGGAGAGGGAACUUUAGUUUUGUAUGGUAGUCAUGGAAACAAGACUGUCUGGGUUAAGAAAUAUGGUUGUCAUGGUAACACUGUUUCCGUUUAGAUCUAUGGUUGUCCUGGAAACAACAUGUUUUCUGAUGGCAGUCAUGAAGUGACAUAAUGUACUCUGUGAAGAUUUAAUUCUGGGAUGGGAUUUUUAUGAAAAGGAUGGUCAUUGUGUCUUCCUUGUUUUCAUGAUACUGUAACAAUAAAGUGAUAAUGUCUAUUCAUCUUA